UGGCAUCUGCACAGGUUUUCAGACAUUCUAUGUGAGUGCCUCACACAGAUCUGGGGAUAUCGGCAAUUGUUGUCAGAAAUCGAAGCUAUUCGUCAAGAGGCCUACAACAUAGAGAAUGCAGGACAUGAGGCCAUGCUCAUGAGGCUAUGGGUGGCUCUCAUGCCAGGCAUGCCUUUGGAGGCGAGAAUAACAAAGCAAUGGCAGACGAUAGGAUUCCAGGGCGAUGACCCGCGGACAGACUUCAGAGGCAUGGGCUUGCUGGGCCUGGAAAACCUCUUAUUCUUUGCUGAAGAACACAACUCUGCAGCACGACACGUGUUAACAAGGUCUCAGCAUCCAAGAUACGGUUACUCAUUUGCAAUUGUGGGGAUCAACAUCACACACAUGGCCUACAACCUGCUCCGUUCUGGAGACGCAAAGAACCACUUUUAUAAUGCGUGUAAGAGGUUUCCUGAGCCACGGGUAUUCCACCAGUUUUACAGCUACCUCUUCUUCUCAUUCGACGACCUCUGGCGUCAGGAAAAGCCUCGGGACAUGAUGGAGUUCUCACGAGUUAGGGACAAGUUCGAAGCUCAGGUGAAACAAAAACUUAAGAACCCAACCACUUUUUUCAAGUGUGAGUUUGUUUUAGAAAACAUUUGAUGUGUGAAAACCAGAUUAUCGUGCCAUAUGAUGAUUAAAGAGGUCAGUAAAAAUCACGUAUUUGUGUGAUGUUACUAAUGGAGGAUCUUUUCUAAAAAGAAAAUUCUGUUAUUAUGGUAUUUUGUUACCUUUCAUAUUCUAGAUAUUCUAGCUUAAGAGUUGACUUGAAAUAUUUCCUUAUACGAAUGAAGACGGAAGUGAUGCAAUAGUUUUUGAUCCAAUUUCUUUUUUUUAAUAUAUACUCACUAUUACAGAAAUAAAGUUUUUGUAAUAACUGAAAGUGAGAUGGAUGUUAAAGUUUUAGGGAAAAUAAGACCGGAGAAGAAUAAAUUGCAAGAAAAGAAAAUUAAUCAUAAGAUAAUUAAAACAAAUUAUGGAGGGGGAAAUGGGAAAAAAUUAAUUUAUAUAUAGUUUAAUAUAUAUUUUGGUUGUCUGGUCCUCUCUUAUAUUUCAUUGGGUAUAGAGACCCAGGGAUAUAAAGAUGAGAAAAAAAGGAAAAUCAACUUUAAUGACCAGUAUUUUUAAGACGUAAUUUGUUUUGCUUUUAAAUGCAUAGUAUCACUGCACAAAGAUAUGUGAUAUGCAUAUGAGAUUUUAAAGAGUUGUUCUGAAGCACAGAAGUUUACAUAUAUGCCAGUAUACAAGUUGAUCCAGCAUAGGAGUCGACCCCUAAAAUUUCUGUAAUUCAGGUUUAGCCCUAUAUUCAUAGGAUAAGAUGUCUCCCCAGAAUAAAGCAGCUCCACUUUUGCUGGCCUAUUGUAUUGGAAGAAGAAAACUACAAUAUCUCAUAAACAAAGAUAUUUUUCUUCUAAAAUAGUAGUCGCAAGUGAGUUCUAACACACCUUUCCUUAAUGAACGUAACGAGCCCUAUAUUUUUUGUUAAAAACAUGGGUUCCAGUAGGGAAUCAUUAUUCAGCACUCAAAUUAACUCCUAGUUUUGAAGAGAGAUUUUUAUGUUUCGAAUGUUGACUUAUAUGCAGGCAUGUAUGGUAAAUAUUAAAACAUACACUCAUUAUAAAGGUUGUAAGUACAGAUUGUAUUUAUUAUAGUCAGAUUGGGUUAAACUUGAAUCUAGAUUAAAUCAAUUGACAGAAGUAUAUCUUACACAUAUACCUUCAUUUGAGGACCUUCACUUACCCAUUAUAAAGUUUUUAAUUGGCCUUUUUUUUUUACAGAUUGUUACUCUUAUUGUUACCUUCCUAUUUAUUUUAUUUACUCAUAGUAAUUUUUUUAUUAUUAUUAUUCUGUGGUUUUCUCAUUAUAAAGAUUUAUAAAGUAAUCAAAGCAUGCAGUAUUGGGAUAACUGGGAAUGACAAGGGAUAAGCAGAAGAGUUUGUGGGUUGUUGGCCUCUGUGGUGGACAGACGUGUUUGCCUCAGCUCUCUACCCUCACCCCUACCUACCUACCUCAGCUAAGUUUUAAACAACUCAGUACUUACCUGUCUUUUAAACAUUAAAAAAAAAAAAAUAUAUAUAUAUAUAUAUAUAUAUAUAUAUAUAUAAUAUAUAUAUAUUUUUUUUUACAUUGGUAGGGUUUAAAUACAAGUUUCUUUUAAAUAAUAGUUUUUGGCAAAGUGGUACCCAAAUGUCAUAAAUAGCUGUCACCCCUGUCUGUGUCACCCCAGCCAUGAACAGGACAAGACCAUACACAAACAUUCCCACAGAAGAUAAGAAUAUUCCAAUUCAAACGUAAAGCCACACCUUACCUCCUGCAUCAUAACAAGCACACUGUUAGCACUUAAUCUUCACACACUAACAAGGACAGUUACACACUCUCAUCACACCCAAGGAAUGUACAAGUACUGAUAAUCCAUUUAUUCUCGCUGUCACACAAUGCUCCAAAACAAACUACAGUACAAGUCCUCUUACUAGACACACCAUCCAUCUCCUGCUUCUCCUCUUUGGAGACACUAGGUGCUUUUGUUAACCCUGGCCCUUACCAAACAAAGUACCCUUGCGUGCCAUGCACAAAAGUGGUGAAAUAAGGGCAAAGGGCCAUCCAGUGUGAUAUCUGUUGUAACCGGUCUGAGCACGCUGGCUGGUACCAUGUCAGCUGUAUUGGAUCGUUUAUAGACAUCCAGUGGACAAAUUAACAAUAGUAUUGUGUUGAUUUGCAGUAGGUGUGGCUCUACUAACACUUCCAUAUUUUCCUACUCUCUUUCCCCCAUUCAACCUAAUUCCUUCAACAUACUUAAUGACACAACAUGAACAACCCUUAUGCACAAGACCUCCCAGAAACCCCAAACAUAUACACACUUGACACCAUCAACACCCAAACCCUGACUUCACCUUCAUACUCAUUGCCACCUCCCAUUGCUCCUGGCUUAACCCCUAGGCUUUCUUUCACCACCUGAUCAUUCCUCCUCCUCCCAAAACCUCCUGCUCAUCUCCCAUGCCCCCAGCCAUGACCCACCACAACCCUGCAUCACACCCAUCACCUCAACCCUACAACUUCUCAACAUUAUCUUUCACAGCAUCAUAUCCAAAAAGACCCAACUCCUCCACACUAUUGAAACGUACAAUCUGGAUAUCAUAAUAGGUACAGGGACAUGGUUGAUAUCUGACAUAGACUGUGGAAGUCUUCCCUCCCCCUUAUGGUAUGACAGUGAUAUGUAGAGACAUGCCGACCAGCAUAGGGAGAGCUGGUGAUGUCCAUUGCCACCAAACUUGACUUAGCCGUUAAACAUAGGCCUGACUUUGACACAGACUGUGAGAUCACCUGGAUCCAACUACAGAUUUCUAACUGUAAUUCACUCCUGUUCGCUGCUUUCUACAGAUCCCCAUCUUCCUGCACAGAGUACUUACAAAAUCUUCAUACAUAUCUUACAUCACAUCACUCCAGAAAAAGACAUUUGGUUGCAGGUGACAUCAACUGGACCACUACAUCCCCUUUUGACCCCAUUGACACAGAUGCCCAAAUCCCCAUCAUCCCCCAUACAUACAGGUGCUAACUACACGACAUCAUGAAUACUUUCUCACUCUCACAAACAGUUAAUAAAUAUCUCACAUUCAACGUAAGAAACAACCCAGACACUUUCUUGAAGUUCUUCAAGACACGCAGACUGAAUACCACUAACACAGCUGCACUUAAAGGCCACAACGAUACUCUUGUCAUCACACCAGAACAUAGAGCACACCUACUCAACACAGUUCCAGUCUGUCUUCACACAAGAAAACCCUAUUAUGUCGAUCAUGCCAUACAGCCCUCCCCCACCCAUCCUGACUCUUGACAUUAGAGCAGAUGAAAUAAAAAAAACUACUGGAGUCACUGAACACAAAUCACUGAACCCGACAAAAUCCUUGCUGUCUUCCUCAAAUAGUGUGCCCCCGUCCUCCAAACCAUAUUUACGCAAUCCCUCAAAACAUCCUCUCUUCCAUCCGACUGACUUUUGUUUCAAGGCACCAAAUUAUUGCCCCAUAUCUCUAUCAUCUCCAAAAUCCUCGAACACAUCAUACAUAAACACAAUUUGAAUCAACUUACUGACUGACAAACAACACAGAUUCCAACCCAAAUGACCAUGUGAAUCCCAAGUAAUUGUUACUCAUCAUGACAUUUCUAGACUCCUAGACAGACGGGAUGUUAAACAGGUAGACGCUAUAGUGUUUGACUUCGUCAAAUGUACCCCCAGAAAAGACCAACACAAAAACUACUGUCUUUACGGUCACUGGACAAACUCUUCACGGGAUGACAGCUAUUCUUUUUAACAGGACCUAACACGUUCUUCUGGACGGUACUAUAUCUAGCUCCUGUUCCUGUCUCUUCUGGUGUCCCCCAGGGCACUGUGUUAAGCCCUCUCCAUUUCCUACUCUCCAGAUUGGCCUAGGGAAAUAGCAAAUGAGCUUUCGUCCAGACAAAUGUAAAAUCAUAAAUUUCACCAUUUCUCAAACACCUAUAAAAUUUCAAUAUUCAAUUAACUCACAACAGUUACCAAACAAACAAUCACACAGAUAUCUAGGAAUCACAACACACCAACAUGAAGUUUAAUACAUAGAUGGACAACAUACAACAUAAAGCUAAUAGAACACGCUGUUUCUUGAGGAGGUACCUGCACAUGGGAUACAAUACACUUGUCCGUCCAACACUGGAGUGUUGUGCAGCAGUGUGGGACCCAUACACACAAACAAAUAUCAGUGAAUUAGAAAAGACCAGAAAUACGUGACUUUCCGUACUAAUACAGAUUCUUACAAACACUCAUACUUUCCAAGCACCAUUCAUGACUGGAACAACAUACAAUACACAAAAAUAAAGCAGAUACCUUCCACCAACUUGCACUUGUACACCUAAAAGCACAUGCACAAAACACCAUCCUCACCUUUUUUCCCAGCCAACAACCAACCUGCGUUACUAAGCUUGACAUGCGAUGAGAUUGAGACUUAGGCCUUUUCAGGAAAAUAAAAGUUUUAGAACAAAGGACAGCAGGAAUGUUAGAUUAGAUUUGGCCUUCAUUAUUAUUAUUAUUUUUAUUAUUAUUAUUAUUAUUAUUAUUAUUAUUAUUAUUAUUAUUAUUAUUAUUAUUAUUAUUAUUAUUAUUACUACACAGUUUCUCUAAAGAAAAAAUGAAAGUAGGUAAAUGCAGGUUCAACUUUUUUCUUUCCUUGAAUAAAGCAUAGAAACUGCUUUUGGAUAAAAUCUGCACCACAGUACUAGGUUGUGGAAUCAACAGCAUCACUAUGCACAGUGAUCACACAUGCUUUCAUUCACGCCUCACGGACACGGAAAGCAUUUUCGUCAAAAAGUUGUAAAGGGCUUUUGCUAUUUAGAACGCUCUAUCUUCACACUAAUUGCUUUACAGAUAGAGAAGUCGGAAGUGUAGAUAGUAAAAUCCUGUGCCAUCUCAGCAAGUACUGGGGCAUUAUCAUGAAUGAGAAUAUUCAGUGCAUAGAUUUUGUUUGCACAUUAGUGUGCCUUUAAAGUUGUAAAUAAGUACAGGUUACUAAAAAUCAUUUCAAUACAGAGUUCUUGCACUCAUUGAGCAUUGCAAAAAUAAAGAAAAACAACAUCAAGAAUGUGAUUUUUACACCGUAAGUUACAUAUUAUCCUUCAGGUAUUUCCUCAUAUCUUCAUAAUAUCGAUUUUGUUAAAUCAUAAUCACCAGUAAAAAAGGAUCUCAGGCUGAAAGUCCAGAUAAAUUAGGAUAUAAAAAGUAGAGAUAGAGCUAAUUUCCCGUAACUAACAUUUCCUCUGUACAUGUGUGUUUGUAGCAAUGAAGGCCUUAAUAUAUUCUGUUGGCUGCUCGUGUCCUAAUCAUGUCGCUUAGAAGAGAAAAAUUGAUUAUUUGUCUUCAUGAAAAUGUGAAUUUACAUUUCUUAAAACACUUCAUUCUUCUAAUAAUUAAAAAGCCAAAAAGGCCUAAUUACACCUGAGCUUUACAUUGACUAUCACUGAGAUUUGGUAAGUCAGUGACGCCCCUCUUCGUUCUGCGAGCCAGUUGCCAGUUGCUUGAGGGUUGAAAUUGUGUGAAGAUCGUGUUAUAGAAUACAUUAUAUUGUUAAUGUAGUUGCACACGAUGCUGAUAAUGUACACUACUGUAUUUUUAGGAACUAUUUAUUUAUUUAUUAUAUUUUUCCACUGCAGUUAUCUCAGUACAGUACAACCUUAAACAUAAAUAAAUCCUAAAAAGUUAA